CUUUGAUUUCCUGGAUACCAGAAACAGUUCAGUGUUUUUCUUUCAUUCAGUCUUUCUCCCGAAAUAUCUGUCUUUAAAGGAAAUCAUGGUUUGUUUUUCAGUCAGCCGGCUGUUUCCUUUAUGCUGCUCACCCUCUUGACUUCCAGGAGUCACACACCAUCUGUGUUUGACAGGACACACUCUUAAAUCUGGACGGGCAAAGGGCAGCUUGGCAAGUUUCAGCGCUUCCUUCCGUCUCCUCCUGAGUUUUAAAAAUGUGGCUCCUGGUUGUUUCCGCCCCGCUGCUUCCCGCCAUCUUCAUGGUGUCCAGGCGUUAUCGAGUCAAAGUUUCCGCACUGUGCCACCGAGCCCUUGCCUGGGCUCUGAGGCUGGUGAGAGGGAGAGUGUGUGUGAAGAGCACCCACGCCUUCGUCUUCUCCAGAUGCACCCAUGGCAAAGCUGACAGCGUCCUGCAGACCUAUGACCUCUACGCCAACACACACCCCUCACUCUGCAUCAGCCCACACAUGAGUGGGGUGUUGGAGGAGGCGGUGCAGAGAGUCCGCCCCCCCCUGGUGUUGGAGCUGGGGAUGCACUGUGGGUACAGCUCUGUGCGCCUGCUGCGUCUGCUGCCCCCUGCUGGCAGACUGAUCACAGUGGAGCUGGACCCCCUCACUGCAGAGCUGGGGGAGGAAAUCAUUCUGGUGUCUGGCUUCAAACACUCCCAGUUCCAGGUGUUGACUUCUAGCUCAGCUGAGGCCAUCCCAACGUUGCCUUCUUUACUCACUGAUCUUGAUAAAGGGAGCAGUGAGGGCUUCAGUCUGGUGCUGAUGGACCACGACCCCCAGCAGUACCUCCCUGACCUGCUGUCUCUGGAGAGAGAGGAGCUCCUCCGCCCCUCCGGCUGCUCCUUCCUCCUGAUCCACAGGAAGCAAAGAGAUCUCAGAGAAAUCCUGGAUCACAUCGGAGCGAGGCCCGACUGCUACUGCAUCAAAUCAGAGCGCCAGGGUGUGACGGAGAUCUUCUACCAGAAGGGAAGCACAGGGUUAGAUAGGUGAUACAGAAUGUAAAUAUGGAAGUGAGUGCUUUUGGUUUGUGUGGACUAGAUCAACCAACAGUGUUAAACUUCCUUAUAUUACCAUAAAAUGGUCAAAGAAUUAAAGGAGCGGACAUGAACUACUUUCUAGAA